CCAUUCACUGACUCCACGAUAUGUAAUAUAUUACAGAUUGUCAUUAAAACACGAUGACUUAUGUUCUCAGACGCCUUGUAUGCAGUUAAAUUAGACCCGGCUGUUUUGGAGGCGCAAGUAACUGUUGACACCAAAUUGAAGAGAGGAGAUUCUGAUCAAGACACAAAUAAAAUGCUCACUUCAACCAAAGAAAACUUGGAAUCUCGUCCUCGAAUAGAUUACAAGACGAUGGUGAUGGAACAAGAAGCUGCCUUGCUGUCUCUCACUCCUCAACAAUUAGAUUUGCUUAUGCAUUUUACAGACACCUUACGCCGGCAACGGAAUACAAUCCAAAAUAGAUCGGAGUGUUCAUUUUGUAAAAACAACGGCGAAUCUACGGGUUGGUACUCAUCCCACUGCUUGAAGGAUGGUCGCGGAAGGGUGAAAUGUCCGGUACUGCGUGCGUAUAUAUGUCCCGUAUGCGCCGCAACCGGCGACCGAGCCCACACCAUCAAGUAUUGCCCGGAAAAUAUUCUGCUUGACGCUGGUAUAUUUUAUAUACACAUAGUUAACGUUACUUAUUAAUAAUAAUAUUUUUUUUCUAAAAAAUGACCCCUUCCGUAUCCGUGUGGUUGGCCCGCCGGUUUCAAGGUUUCGCCAUCUCCGACGUCCCGGGUUCGAUUCCCGGUCAGGUCGAUUUCUCCAUAAUACGGAAACUUUAGAAGACGAGUAACUUGCAAUCUGAGUAAUGUGGUGUUGCUUAAUAUUUAUUUACUUUUUCGACCUAACCAGUACAACAUAACUUUUCUCUAACUAAUUCAAUUGGCUCAAUAAUGAAGUUUAAAUAAGGGAUACGACAUACGAAAUCACCUUCAAAGCAGAAAAUAGUCUACCUGUUUGAGUGUAGUGUAUGAGUGAUCUGAAUGUUUU